UUGAAUAUGAUCCCCCAUCGUUGGCUUAUUAGCAAACAUUUAAUUUUCUCUACAUGAUGGUUGCGGUAUUGAACUAUUAUAACUCUCUUCCAGAUUAUUUGUCACAGAAAAAUUUCUUUAAACCUACAAGUGGAAAAUAUAUUGUUUCGAAAUGGUGAAUUUAUUUAUUUGGUGCACACUGCAUUUGGUUCUGUUUGUCAGCGGAAAUGCUGAAAAAGUGAUUAUUGAUACGGACGCUGGAUCGGACGAUGCCAUUGCAAUUCUGUUGCUAUUAAGAGCAGAAUCAUUGCGAGAAAUGUAUUUACCACAUUAUGAACUUAUUGGAAUCACCUGUACUUAUGGCAACACCGAGGAAGAGAACGUUGAAAUUAACGUACUAAAAACAUUGACUAUUGCUAAUCGCACUGAUAUUCUAGUCUUUCCGGGAGCAAAGAAACCAUUAAUUGGAAAUUUUUCGAGCGACGGCUUUUUUGGAAAAGAUGGAUUUGGCGAUGCUGACCUUUUUACAGAAAUUGCUGGCAAAAUAAAUACGUCGAAACAUGCGUCAAAUGCAUUGGUAGAUUUAUCAAAAGAACACGAAGGAAACAUUAGCGUCAUCGUACUUGGACCAACAACUAACGUGGCACUGGCGGCUUCGCUAGACAGUAAUUUUAUUAAAAGAAUAAAAAAAUUUUACGUGAUGGGCUCAACUAUUUCGGGAAUAGGAGUGAUCAAGCCUAACGUCGAAUUUAACUUUGGCGCUGAUCCCGAAAGUAACUUCAUUUUAUUAAAUUCGACGACAAGUGAUCAGACUACUCUCUUUCCGUAUGACACUGGCUUGAAUGCAAACAUUUCGAAGAAAUGGCGAAAUAAAAUAUUAGGGACUCACAAGUCGCCAUACAUCAAGUUUUUAAAUGCAAUUGAGAGGAUCAGCCUGCAAAGAGAUGAACAAAACUACGCGCCACUAGACGCAAUGACAGUCGCAGCGAUGCUCUGGCCGGGGAUGAUCAAAGAUACGGUAGAUGCUAACGUACAGGCAGUUUAUGAUGGUGCAGCAAGAGGCUCAGUUUUAAUUGAUUGGAACCGAAAUAAAUAUAAACCAGAGACAUCCAAUGCAAAGAUCAUUAAAACUAUCGACUCCAAAAUGUUUAUGGACUCACUUGUGUACUACUUGACUUGCAAUCGCCUCGCUUGUUGACUGCUUAACGAAUGGGAUUAAAAUGAAAUUCCAUGAAUGGUUAUUAGUUACACAUACGUCAACAGUCAUUUUUUCAGUAUUAUAGUACGUUCUGUGCACUAUAUAUAAUCCGAUUUUAUUAUAGCAUAUAAACAAGAAAAACAAAUGAUAAUUUCAACUGGAAUUUCAAAUUAAUUGUCAUCUAAAACUAUGUUACGUAAAAUAAUGUGCGUUUACAUUUUAAGUUUCUUAUUUUCCCAAUGAAACUAAUCAAUAUUUGUGUAAUCUGUUGAACAAUAGAAUCUGUUUUCCUCCUUACGGAUGUUUUAUUUAUUUUAAAAAAUUUUCAAAUAUAAUAAUUUGACCAAUAAUCUAAAAUUUUUAAUGUUAAACGGGUCAAUAAUACAAUCAGAUAGAUAUUCAUUCUCAUCGCGACAGUUAAUAAUUACAGUAAAAAUGUGAUACGAAUUUUGUUACAGUUAUAUAAUUUAUACGCACGCAAGCACACACACACAUAUACACAAAAUUUACAAUUUACAAUUAAAACAAUUAGUUGGCCACAGAAAAUAACUUGAAAAAUGAUGAUGCUAAGGAUAAAUAGAAUAAUCCAAAAAUAAUUGUCACACUUAUACAUUAUUAAUUAUUUGAUGAAAGUAUUCAAAUAAUUUUGUCAUUUAAACAUUAAAUUUAAUAAAAUAAAUGUAUUUUACUUGAUGAAUGAUCGUUGAAAAGAUCAAAUUAAUUAAAUAGUAAUUACUUAUUUAAAAGUCAUACUUAUUCAUAGAAAAUGGCAUAAAUAAAAGAAUAAAAAUCAAUUUUAUCAUUACUUGCUGAAUAUACAGAGUAAUAGCAAAAAAUAGUAAUACAACAGAUAGAGGUAUAAAAAUAGUUUAUUCAAUAAUUUUAGUAGCACUAUACGAAUGAACAAUACCAACGAUCUAGAAUAAGAAUGGAAAUUAGAGACGACUAAUUAUACAUCGAUCACUUUAUCACCAUUGUAAAAUAAACUGAA